AUGGAAGAUUUAUUAUAUCGUAUAAAUACGUUGGAUAUGAUGGUUAAAGAAACCUUUAGCUUAAAUAUUCAUUUAUCAACAGUUGGACAUAUAUUAAAACAGAAUAAUAAUACCUUUGAAGAAAUGCAUACUAUAAAAAGAUCAAGAGCUGUUACAUAUCCUGAGUUUGAUGAUGCAUUACAUGAAUGGGUUUUGCAAAAUCAAGCUUAUUUAAUAUUAAGCGAUGCUAUUUUAACAGAAAAAGCAAAAGCUUUUGCAAAUUUACUUAACAUACCAGAAGGUCAACUUAAAUUUUCAUCAGAUUGGCUCUCAAGAUUUAAAAAACGGCAUGGAAUUGCAAAGAUAAAAUUGCAUAGAGAAGAUGCUUCAGUAGACCUAAAAGCAUUUGACCAGAGAAUGGAAGGAUGCAAAGUUAUUCUUUUACUAGAUGGUUCAAAAACUCAUAGUACUGCAGAUCAAUAUGAAGAUGAAAGUAGUGAAAAUAAUCAAAAUAUGCUUUCUGCUACACAAUUUAUUGUAAGUGCUUGGAAUGAUGUAACUACAAGAACAAUUUUUAAUUGUUUUUGUCAUACAAAGAUCCUUCUUGUUACAGCAGAAACAAAUACUUAUGAUGAUAAUGUAGAUAAUGAUACAGAUAAUGAAUUAAUAAAUGAGCUUUAUAUAGAUAUUAAGGCUCUUCAUUUUCGAAAUGAAAUGGAUAUUGACAGCUAUAUUGAUUAUUCUGAAGAAAAUAUUUCUGUUAAUGAAAAUGAAUUUGAAUAUAAUUUAAUCGAAGCUGACAUGUUUGAAGAUACUGAAACUGAAGAUUUUGAAUCAGAUGUAAGUGAAAAUAAUGACUAA